UAUGGUACAUCAUAAGAUUGUUCUCUUCGCCCUGAUUUGUUUAGUUUCAGCAACUACAGUUACAAAGUAAGAUAUUGAUUAGUUAACUAAUAAAGUAAUUAAGGUGUAAUGGAUUCAUAUGUAAAUCCAGGACUGUAAUCUUCAAUAGAUGAAUUAACAUAAUCAAAGAUAGGACAUAUGGUUAUUGAUUUAGCUGAAGUUACUAUGAGAGUUACUGGAGCUGUAGAUUCAUUAGUAGAAGGAGUCAAAGCCUUUGGUCGUCAAAUUGAAGAAAGAUUGAAUUUAGAAAAUACACAAUGGGAAGUUGUUGAAAGUGAACAUAAUGCUAAAGUUAUUUCACUUAGUUCAUAAGCUAAUUAAGCUGAAUUUGAUAUUAAUAGAGAAAAGAAAGUAUUAAAUUCUGAAUUGAUUCCAAGACUUCAUGAAUUAGAUGAUGUAUAUAUAUUAUAUUAAUAAAUAUUAUUAGAUUUUAUUAGGACUUAAAGCUAAAUAAACAGAUAAUGCAUAAUCAUUUAAAGAAGCUGAAGCUGCUAGAAAUUCAUAACAUGAUUCAUUUGUAUUAACAACAACUGAAUUUACAGAUGCAUUAAGAAAUAUUGAUGAAGCAUUAGAUUUAUUAACUGAUUUAUUUAAAAGUGGAGAAGUAAGAGCUGCAUUUAUUGAAAUUACAGAUGAAUAAAAACAUAAAGUUAAUAAAGCAUUAAGAUAAGUUAAAGCUAAUACUGAAAAUUUUGGUCAUUAAUAUUCUUCAUUUAUUUAAGCAUUAACUAAUUUAACUGAAGGAAUUAAUUUUAAAGAUAGAUAAGUUUUAAAGGAAAUGUGUGAUUUCUUAAAUAGUUUAAGAUUAAAUAUAUUUGAUGCUUUAACUAAAGCUUAUAAAGAUGAAGACAGUUAAAAAUAAUAAGAUGAAUUAAGAAGAUAAUAAUUAACAUCUGAAAAAGCUGUAUUUGAUUAAUAAUAUGCUGAUUUCUAUUAAGAAAGAGAAGAUAAAACUGUUAGAAUAUCUGAUGUUUAAACUAUGAUAUCAACAAGAGAAGCUGAUCUUAAAGCUUAUUAAGAUAGAUUAAGAACUGAAAAUAAUAAUUAUUCAGCCAAUCUUAAAAUACAUGAUGAUAUUGUGGUAUUCAUAUCAAAUUUAUAUAGUCAUCUGUUUAAUAAGAAUUAGCAGUCUUAGCUAAAGCAUUAUAAGUGGUUCAAACUCCACCAUUCUUAGAUUUCUUAAAUGGAAGAAUUGCUAAAGCAUGA